AUGGGAUUUACCCCAAUUGUUUGUAUUGCUCAAGAUUAUAUUCAAGGAAAACCUGUGGAUGAUCUACGAUUACGUAAAGCCAUACUUGAACUACCUGACAAUAAAACCGAACAUCUUCCAGGGUAUCUGCCUCUCGUACCAGGAAUGCCAGUUUUACUCACAGAAAACAUCGCUACCGAACUGGGACUCUCCAACGGUACACGUGGAAUCUUUCGUCAACUCGUAUACGAUGAAUCACCAGAAGAUGUUCGAUACCAGGAUAAGAAUUUUCCACCAAAUACCAAGUUUAUAACGCAACCAAAGUACGCUUUAGUAGAAUUUCCUGGUUGCAAACUUAAUAACAAACUUGCUGAACUGCAGUCCAAAAUAGUUCCUAUAGCUAUUAGUGAACAAACAUUCUUGUUCGACGCCAAAGAACUUCUUCCAGAAAAUGUAGCAAAAGCAGCCAAAAUAAACAAGAAAACAACAAAACUCACCGUCAAACGUAAAGCACUUCCGCUUAUCCCCGCGUACAGCAUGACAACACAUAAAAGCCAAGGCCAAACACUCGGUAAAAUUAUCGUCGAUCUGGUGAUGCCGCCUGGCCCAAUUGAACUCGCAUCGGUUUAUGUUCCAUUAUCUCGUGUAAAGAGACUUGACGAUUUACUAAUCAUACGUCCAUUCGAAUUUGGAACACUUCAAGUUAAACCAUCAACGGCCCAAAUAGAAGAAAUUAAAAGAUUAGAUAAAAUAGCACAAAGCACUCGGAAGCGUUUUCAAUUCAUUGUUCAAAACAACAACAUCCCAAGAGUGCGUGAUCUUCAGGCAAACCAUCUAACUGAUAAAAAAAACUCUAUAUCGCAUGCUCGAAAUUUGUGCGUUUUACAGUUCUAG